AUGUCUACCCCUACUACUACUUCUACCGACACUCCCAAUUUCGCGGGUAUGAUCGCCGGACGACCCGGAUGGGUCAGCUUGUUCGAGGAACAGUUAAAGGAGGAUCCUAGUGCCAAAUCCUACCCAUUCUCCACCUACUCGACGGCCGACAACGCCCCCAAAGUCCGCUACGUCGUCCACCGUUCCCUCACCCCCCUCUCCAACCUCCUCCUCACGUCCACGGACCAUCGGAUGAAGAAAUACCAAGAACUGGAAGAGAACCCUAACGUGGAACUGGCUUUUUGGAUGGAAAAGACGGGCGUUCAAUUCCGGAUCUCUGGCAAGGCCGCCGUCCUCCCCAAUAAACCUGAAGAAAAAUCUGCUCUAGAGAAGAUCGUCAAAGAAACCCUCCACGCAAAGGGUGAAGAAGCAACCCCGGAAUACUGGGUCAACAAGCGCUCUGAGGAAUUCGAAAAGAUGAGCGGACACCUCCGAGCUACGUUCGCCCGACCCCCUCCGGGGACACCUUUGGAGGAUUUGAAAGAGGGGGAGAAGCCGGGGGAUUGGAGUGAGAGUAUCAAGCCGCCUGGGGAGGAUGAAAAGACCAAAUCCGACCUCGCCCGCGCAAACGACAACUACCACCUCGUCGCCAUCUCCCCAUCGAGCGUGGAGAUGCUCGAACUCAAGGCGAUUCCUAACAGACGGACUGUCUGGCACCGACAGACUGGUGGUGAUGGCAAUGGGGGGGAUGGGGAGUGGAGCGUCUUGAGCGUGGCUCCUUGA